ACAACAAAAAUAAACCGAGUUACGUCCCCUGAAGUUAUUACAUUUUUUUUAUUAACCGAAUCUACAGAAAUAAAUCUGUUUAUGGAAGCUAACCCAACAAGAUAAGGAUCGUGACUUAGUACCAGAAGAAAAUAAAAACAAGAUAGAAAAGGUACCACCAACAGCCCACAUGUAGAAGUUACCGUACAGAAAAUAUUUGGGUAAUGCCACCUUCCAUUCGAAAAUUUGAAACAUUGUCUAUCCUCAAAUCAAGUGUGAAAACCUGGCUGUUUAGUGACUAUAAUUAACCAACGUGAACACUUUCAUGCACCUAGAGCAUCCCCAAGUGGAAUGGAUUGAUGUACAAUAUAAAUUGUGUUUUUAUUAUUAUUAUUAUUAUAAAAUGGAGGAUAAAUGUUUCGAUAUCGUCUCACCUUUUCCAUCUAUCAAUCAGGAAAUUAGGGGAUCGGCUAAUACAAAAGCUAUAUCGCAGGAGUACCAAAUGCCAGUAGGCCUUAUGAAUAUUGUGGAAAUUUGUGAAAAUCAUAUAAUCGGUCAAACCAAAUCUGUUCAAGAAAUCGUCACCGUUUGUUCGAAAAUAACAGGUUAUGAAUUUUACUGUAAUCAGAUCGUGGCUUUUUGUAAUCAGAUUUUUGCGGAAACUUUAAACAGUAGCCACACCAUUAUCAGUUUGUGUAAAUCUUUCAAACAAAUAGAUUUAACUACAACAAAAUCAGUCAAUCAAGAUACAGCUAUAAAUGAAUCUACUAUUCAGACUACAGGAAGUUCUGUGGAACCAAAUUUUAAUGAAAACAAAGGACUAAUCAAGGCGAUUGAAAAGACAAAGAAAAAAAAUAAUUGUGUGUCUAAAAAUAAUGAAAGUGCAUGUAGAAGGAAAGGUAAAUCUAAUUUACAGUAUGAUUCAAUCCGAAUAAAAGUAGAUCCUGAUGGCCAUGGUAACCAUAACGAUCCUCAUAACCUUGAUAAUCAUAGGAACCAUGGUAACCUAAACAAAACUGACAAAUUUGAUGACCUUGGUGAUUAUAGUAACCCAAACAACACUGAUGACCAUGGUAACCUAAGCAACACUGACGACCUUGAGGAUCAUGGUAUCAUAAGCAACACUGAUGACCUUGAAGACCAUGGUAACCUAAGCAACACUACUGAUGAGCUCAAUGACGAGCACAAUGACCUGGAUGAUCCAGAAUGGGAAGAAGACUUCGAAGAAAGAAAAAAAUCGAGUCACAUUUGCUCAGUUUGUUCAAAGAUGUUUAAAACCAAAAAGCAACUGCAGAAACACAAACAUUCACAUGGCGUCGUGAACUGUGCAUGUCCCUAUUGCUGUCAAGAGUUUAAGAGUAAGUCAGAUCUAAAAGAACACAUGAAAACCCAUGAUAGUAAAGAUAUUGUUUGUGAAAUAUGUGGCAAAACUCUCAAAACUAAACUUAGUCUAAAAAAUCAUGUGUUGACCCAUGGAAAUAAUAAACCUUUUGAAUGUACAUUGUGCGAUUUUAAGGGAAUAACCAAAGGACGAUUAAUUCGUCACAUGGUCAGUCAUUCUCCAGAGAAAAAAUUUCAGUGCGAUAAAUGUGGCAAUCGUUAUUCUAGAACUGGUGACCUUCGAAUUCAUAUGAAACAGCACAGCGGUGUGAAGGCCUUCCCAUGCGAACUGUGUGAUUAUAAAGGCUACACAAAGAAACAUUUAGAUCGUCACAUGGUUAGGCACUCGACAGAGAAAAAAUACCAGUGUGAAGAGUGCGGAAAACGUUUCCCGCGACCAACAGCACUUAAAAACCAUCUGCGAUCACACGCUGGCAUUCGCUCAUAUACAUGUGAUAAAUGCCCGAAACGUUUCACACACAGCUGUCACUUAGCUCGUCAUCUGAAAACACAUAAGGAUGAAAUGCAGUAUGCGUGUGAAGUUUGUGGAAAACGAUCUCGACAAGCGUAUAAUAUAACGGUACACAUGAGAACGCAUAACGGACAUAAACCAUUCUCUUGUGAAAUAUGCGGCAAAAAAUUUGCCCAUAAUGUAUCAUUGAGACAACAUAAAAGUAUUUGUGGGGGUAAAAUUGAAAGAGGACCCGUUACUGAUUAUUUUUGAAUGACUCACACAAAUGUACAAUUGUGAAAUCAAGACAAAUGCACAAUUAUCAAAUCAAGACAAAUGCACUAUUGUGAAAUC